ACCCCGCCCCGAGGAGGCGGCCGCGCAGGGAGCCUGGUGGCAUGGAACGGCCGCCGCUGCCGCCACACGCACUGCCGCUCCCCGCGAGCCUCGGAGCUGCGGCGAGCACGGGGGGCUGAGCACGCGGAGCGGGGCGCCCGGGGCGUGACACCGGGAGGAGGGCGCGGCCCCGGCUGCGGCGGCCGGACGCGAGGCGGGGGAAGCGGGAGCGCGUCGGCGCCGGGAGCCGCGGGAGGAGCGGGCCGGGCGCCCGGGGCGCACCUGGCGGCCGCGCGGCCCGGCCGGAGCCGGGGGGCAGCGGGAGGCGGCGGCGGCGGCGGGAGGAUGUCGCAGCCGCCGCUGCUCCCCGCCUCGGCGGAGACUCGGAAGUUCACCCGGGCGCUGAGUAAGCCGGGCACGGCGGCGGAGCUGCGGCAGAGCGUGUCGGAGGUGGUGCGCGGCUCGGUGCUGCUGGCCAAGCCAAAGCUCAUUGAGCCCUUGGACUAUGAAAAUGUCAUCGUCCAGAAGAAGACUCAGAUCCUUAAUGACUGCCUGCGGGAGAUGCUGCUCUUCCCCUACGAUGACUUCCAGACAGCCAUCCUGAGACGACAGGGGCGAUACCUGCACUCAACAGUUCCCCGGAAUGCAGAAGAGGAAGCCCAGAGCUUGUUCGUCACAGAGUGCAUCAAAACCUACAACUCUGACUGGCACAUUGUGAACUACAAAUAUGAAGAUUACUCAGGAGAAUUUCGACAGCUUCCAAACAAAGUGGCAAAGCUGGAUAAACUUCCGGUUCACGUGUAUGAAGUUGAUGAAGAGGUAGACAAAGAUGAGGAUGCUGCCUCCCUUGGAUCUCAGAAAGGUGGAAUCACCAAGCACGGGUGGCUGUACAAAGGCAACAUGAACAGUGCCAUCAGUGUGACCAUGAGGUCAUUCAAGAGACGAUUUUUUCACCUAAUUCAACUUGGUGAUGGAUCUUAUAAUUUGAAUUUUUACAAAGAUGAAAAAAUCUCCAAAGAACCAAAAGGAUCAAUAUUUCUGGACUCCUGCAUGGGUGUGGUUCAGAACAACAAAGUCAGGCGUUUUGCUUUUGAGCUCAAGAUGCAGGACAAAAGUAGCUAUCUUUUGGCAGCAGACAGUGAAGUAGAAAUGGAAGAAUGGAUCACGAUUCUCAACAAGAUUCUCCAGCUCAACUUUGAAGCUGCCAUGCAAGAAAAGCGGAAUGGAGAUUCUCAUGAAGAUGAUGACCAAAGCAAAUUGGAAGGUUCUGGUUCUGGUGUAGACAGCUACCUGCCUGAACUUGCCAAGAGUGCCAGAGAUGCAGAAAUCAAACUGAAAAAUGAAAGCAGAGUUAAGCUUUUUUACUUGGAUCCAGAUACCCAGAAACUCGACUUCUCAUCAGCUGAGCCAGAAGUGAAGCCAUUUGAAGAGAAGUUUGGAAAAAGGAUUCUUGUCAAGUGCAAUGAUUUAUCUUUUAAUUUGCAGUGCUGUGUGGCUGAAAAUGAAGAAGGACCUACUACAAAUGUAGAGCCUUUCUUUGUGACUCUGUCGCUGUUUGACAUAAAAUACAACCGAAAGAUUUCUUCUGAUUUCCAUGUGGAUCUGAACCAUUUCUCCGUGCGACAGAUGUUGGCCCCCUCGUCCCCAGUUCUAGUCAAUGGUGGGCAUAGUCCCCCCGCCCAUCAGGACACCUUUCAUGAGGCCUCCAUGCAGUAUCCGAAGCAGGGAAUAUUUUCUGUCACGUGUCCUCAUCCGGAUAUAUUUCUAGUAGCGAGAAUUGAAAAAGUCCUUCAGGGAAGCAUCACACACUGCGCUGAACCGUACAUGAGAAGCUCGGACUCCUCUAAGGUCGCUCAGAAGGUGUUAAAGAAUGCUAAACAAGCUUGCCAAAGACUAGGCCAGUACAGAAUGCCAUUUGCUUGGGCAGCAAGGACAUUGUUCAAGGAUGCAUCUGGAAACCUUGACAAAAAUGCCAGAUUUUCUGCCGUCUACAAGCAAGACAGCAAUAAACUGUCAAAUGACGACAUGCUCAAGUUACUUGCAGACUUUCGAAAACCUGAGAAGAUGGCUAAGCUACCUGUGAUUUUAGGCAAUCUAGACAUCACCAUUGAUAAUGUUUCCUCAGACUUUCCUAAUUAUGUUAACUCAUCCUACAUUCCCAUGAAGCAGUUUGAAGCCUGUGCUAAAAUUCCAAUCACAUUCGAAGUCGAGGAAUUUGUGCCCUGCAUCCCAAAACACACUCAGCCUUACACUGUCUACAACAAUCACCUUUACGUUUACCCCAAGUACUUGAAAUAUGACAGUCAGAAGUCUUUUGCCAAGGCCAGAAAUAUUGCCAUCUGCAUUGAAUUCAAAGAAUCAGAUGAGGAAGAUUCUCAACCCCUGAAGUGCAUUUAUGGAAGACCCGGUGGACCAGUGUUCACGAGAAGCGCCUUUGCCGCAGUUUUACACCAUCAGCAAAACCCAGAAUUUUAUGAUGAGAUUAAAAUAGAACUGCCCACACAACUACAUGAGAAGCACCACUUACUGUUCACCUUCUUCCAUGUCAGCUGCGAUAACACAAGUAAAGGAAGCACCAAGAAAAAGGAUGUAGUUGAAACACAAGUUGGAUAUUCCUGGCUUCCUCUCCUGAAAGACGGAAGGGUGGUGACCAAUGAGCAGCACAUCCCUGUCUCAGCGAAUCUUCCUUCUGGCUACCUUGGCUACCAGGAACUUGGAAUGGGCAGGCAUUAUGGGCCAGAAGUUAAAUGGGUAGACGGAGGCAAGCCACUGCUAAAAGUUUCCACUCAUCUGGUUUCUACAGUGUAUACCCAGGAUCAGCAUUUGCACAAUUUUUUCCAGUACUGUCAGAAAACUGAAUCUGGAGCCCAAGCUUUAGGAAAUGAACUCGUAAAAUACCUUAAGAGUCUCCAUGCCAUGGAAGGCCAUGUGAUGAUUGCCUUCUUGCCCACCAUCCUGAACCAGCUCUUCCGCGUCCUCACCAGGGCCACCCAGGAGGAAGUUGCAGUCAAUGUGACGCGGGUCAUUAUUCAUGUGGUCGCCCAGUGCCAUGAGGAAGGAUUGGAAAGCCACUUGAGAUCCUAUGUUAAGUAUGCUUAUAAGGCUGAGCCAUAUGUUGCUUCUGAAUAUAAGACAGUGCAUGAAGAACUAACCAAAUCCAUGACCACCAUUCUCAAGCCCUCGGCGGAUUUCCUCACCAGCAACAAACUACUUAAGUAUUCAUGGUUUUUCUUUGAUGUGCUGAUAAAAUCCAUGGCUCAGCAUUUGAUAGAGAACUGCAAAGUUAAGGUGUUGAGGAACCAGAGAUUUCCUGCCUCCUAUCAUCAUGCAGUGGAAACUGUUGUGAAUAUGCUGAUGCCACACAUCACUCAGAAGUUUCGAGACAACCCAGAGGCUUCAAAGAAUGCCAAUCACAGCCUCGCUGUCUUCAUCAAGAGAUGUUUCACCUUCAUGGACAGGGGCUUUGUCUUUAAGCAGAUCAAUAACUACAUCAGCUGCUUUGCUCCUGGAGACCCCAAGACCCUCUUUGAGUACAAGUUUGAGUUUCUCCGUGUGGUGUGCAGUCAUGAGCAUUACAUCCCGCUCAACUUACCUAUGCCCUUUGGAAAAGGUCGGAUUCAGAGGUACCAAGACCUCCAGCUUGACUACUCCUUAACAGACGAGUUCUGCAGGAACCACUUUCUGGUGGGACUGUUGCUGAGGGAGGUUGGUGCCGCCCUGCAGGAGUUUCGGGAAGUCCGUGUGAUUGCCAUCAGCGUGCUCAAGAACUUGUUGAUAAAACAUGCUUUUGAUGACAGAUAUGCUUCCAGGAGUCAUCAGGCGAGGAUAGCUACUCUCUACCUGCCUCUGUUUGGCCUGCUCAUAGAAAACGUCCAGCGAAUCAACGUGAGGGAUGUGUCUCCUUUCCCUGUGAACCCAGGCAAUACUCUGAAGGAGGAAUCCCUUGCUUUGCCAGCCGUGAACCCGCUCGUGACACCACAGAAGGGCAGCACAUUGGACAACAGCCUGCACAAAGAUCUCCUGGGCGCCAUCUCUGGCAUUGCUUCUCCGUAUACAACUUCAACUCCAAACAUCAACAGCGUGAGAAAUGCUGACUCGAGAGGGUCUCUUAUAAGCACAGACUCGGGUAACAGCCUUCCGGAAAGGAACAGUGAGAAGACCAAUUCCUUGGAUAAGCAUCAACAGAGUAACACUUUGGGAAAUUCUGUGGUUCGCUGUGACAAACUUGACCAGUCUGAGAUUAAGAGCCUCUUGAUGUGUUUCCUCUACAUCUUGAAGAGCAUGUCCGACGAUGCUCUGUUUACCUAUUGGAACAAGUCUUCAACAUCUGAACUUAUGGAUUUUUUCACAAUAUCUGAAGUCUGCUUGCACCAGUUCCAGUACAUGGGGAAACGAUACAUAGCCAGAACAGGAAUGAUGCAUGCCAGAUUGCAGCAGCUGGGCAGCCUGGAUAACUCUCUCACUUUUAACCACAGCUAUGGACACUCGGACGCUGAUGUCCUUCACCAGUCCUUGCUGGAAGCCAACAUUGCCACCGAGGUCUGCCUCACGGCUCUGGACACACUGUCCCUGUUCACACUGGCGUUCAAGAACCAGCUCUUGGCUGACCAUGGACAUAAUCCUCUCAUGAAAAAAGUGUUUGAUGUCUACCUGUGUUUUCUUCAAAAACAUCAGUCUGAAACAGCUUUAAAAAAUGUCUUCACUGCCUUAAGAUCGCUCAUUUAUAAGUUUCCCUCAACGUUCUAUGAAGGGAGAGCGGACAUGUGUGCCGCGCUGUGCUAUGAGAUCCUCAAGUACUGUAACUCCAAGCUGAGCUCCAUCCGAACAGAGGCUUCCCAGCUGCUCUACUUCCUGAUGAGGAAUAACUUCGACUACACUGGAAAGAAGUCCUUCGUCCGGACACACCUGCAGGUCAUUAUUUCAGUCAGCCAGCUGAUAGCAGACGUCGUUGGCAUUGGAGGGACCAGAUUCCAGCAGUCCUUGUCCAUCAUCAACAACUGUGCCAAUAGUGACCGGCUCAUCAAGCACACCAGUUUCUCCUCCGAUGUGAAGGAUUUGACCAAGAGGAUACGCACAGUCCUGAUGGCCACGGCCCAGAUGAAGGAGCAUGAGAAUGACCCGGAAAUGCUGGUGGACCUGCAGUACAGCCUGGCCAAGUCCUACGCCAGCACGCCCGAGCUCAGGAAGACGUGGCUCGACAGCAUGGCCCGGAUUCACGUUAAGAAUGGAGAUCUCUCGGAGGCAGCAAUGUGCUAUGUCCACGUAACAGCACUGGUGGCAGAGUAUCUCACACGGAAAGGCAUGUUCAGACAGGGCUGCACAGCCUUCAGGGUCAUUACCCCAAACAUCGAUGAGGAGGCCUCCAUGAUGGAAGACGUGGGAAUGCAGGAUGUCCAUUUCAACGAGGAUGUGCUGAUGGAGCUGCUGGAGCAGUGUGCGGACGGGCUGUGGAAGGCUGAGCGCUACGAGUUGAUCGCGGACAUCUAUAAGCUUAUCAUCCCCAUCUACGAGAAGCGGAGGGACUUUGAGAGACUAGCCCACCUGUAUGACACGCUGCACCGGGCCUACAGCAAAGUCACCGAAGUCAUGCACUCAGGCCGCAGGCUCCUGGGAACCUACUUCCGGGUGGCCUUCUUCGGACAGGCAGCGCAAUACCAGUUUACAGACAGUGAAACAGAUGUGGAGGGGUUCUUUGAAGAUGAAGAUGGAAAGGAGUAUAUUUACAAAGAACCCAAGCUCACACCUUUGUCAGAAAUUUCUCAGAGACUGCUUAAACUCUACUCAGAUAAGUUUGGUUCUGAAAAUGUCAAGAUGAUACAGGAUUCUGGCAAGGUCAACCCCAAGGACUUGGAUUCCAAGUAUGCAUAUAUCCAGGUGACUCAUGUGAUCCCAUUCUUCGAUGAGAAAGAAUUGCAAGAAAGGAGGACGGAGUUUGAAAGAUCACACAACAUUCGCCGCUUCAUGUUCGAGAUGCCCUUUACCCAGACCGGGAAGAGACAGGGUGGGGUGGAGGAGCAGUGCAAGCGACGCACCAUACUGACAGCCAUCCACUGCUUUCCCUACGUGAAGAAGCGCAUCCCCGUCAUGUACCAGCACCACACUGACCUGAACCCCAUCGAAGUGGCCAUUGAUGAGAUGAGUAAGAAGGUGGCUGAGCUCCGGCAGCUGUGCUCCUCGGCUGAGGUGGACAUGAUCAAGCUACAGCUUAAGCUGCAGGGCAGUGUGAGCGUCCAGGUCAAUGCCGGUCCAUUGGCCUAUGCCCGAGCUUUCUUAGAUGACACAAACACGAAAAGAUACCCUGACAACAAAGUGAAGUUGCUGAAAGAAGUUUUCAGGCAAUUUGUGGAAGCUUGUGGUCAAGCCCUGGCAGUAAAUGAGCGUCUGAUUAAAGAAGAUCAAUUAGAGUAUCAGGAAGAAAUGAAAGCCAACUACAGGGAGAUGGCCAAGGAGCUUUCUGAGGUCAUGCACGAGCAGAUGGGAUGAUCUGCCCCCUGGAGGAGAAGGCAAACGUGCUACCAAAUUCACUUCACAUCUUCAACGCCAUCAGCGGGACUCCAACAAGCACGAUGGUGCACGGGCUGACCAGCUCGUCCUCCAUCGUGUGAUGAUGCCUCGGGGAGCGCACUGGGGACUGACUUGAUCGCUUGCAAACUCAGGAUGAUUUCUCAAGCUCAUCACUGGGGAGACUGAGCACAGGGAGAAGCCAUGGGGCCUGGGAGCAAAAGGGAAUCAAGGUCUGUGGUAUUUCGUGGUAGGUUUUCUAUGGAAUCAGAAGAAAGCUGCAUGUAUUUUUUUAAAUCUCACUGGCAAUACUCAGUUUUCAUUGUGUCCUGAUAGAGGAGUCUGGUGGGCACUCUGAAGCUGGGGGUCACUUUGAUUUGUCCUUCCAGAGUUGAUGACAGUGAAGGGCCUUGAGUAAAAGUGUCCCAGAGGGUACAGAGUGGUGGCAGCAGCUCAAGAGGGAGAAGGGGCCCUUUGGCCUUUCAGCUAAGCUGGAGAAUCUUGAAAAUAUUUUUCUUUCUUGUGGCACAUUCAGGUUGAAUAUGAGAACUAUUUUUGUGAGUAGUUUUUGAUGAACUAAAGGAACUGACCGUUAUAAUUUUUGUACCGGCGAACCAGGAGAGUUAGUGCUUUUAUAUGCAUUCCCUUGCAUUUAAAAAAAUAUGAAAGUUUAAGACAUUAUGUGGGCUUAAAACUAGUCAAGCAGUUUAGAACCAAAGGCCUGUAUUAAUAAACACAACUAACUAAAAAGAAAAAAGUGGUCUAUUACUUUGUAUAUAGUUUGUUAAUGCAGAGUCAGCAUUCUGUAUAUACAUGUAUCACAUUUCUACAUUUUUAAUAUCCACAUGAGGUUUCUCCAUUAGGUUUAAUUGUGACAGAUUAGUUCUGGUCUUAGUAUAUGAAAUAGACUUGACUGUUUUAUUCUUGUACAUAAGAAAGUGCAAUACAGAGAUGUAUACAGUCUUUGCUAAAUUAGGUUUAUAAACUGUUUUAAAAAAGAAAUCUUCAUCCUUUUGCCAAAAUGGUGAAGUGUGUAAUUGAUAGAUCAUAAAUCCUGUGAUGAACAGUGGUAUAAUUUAAAACUUUCACCAUGUUAUAUUUUCUUUUAAAGACAUUAAUUUAGUAAUUUUAUAUUUGGGGAAAGAAAGGUUUUUAAUUUUAUUUAACUGGAACCACUGCCCUGCUGUAAUUAAACAUUCUGUACCAUGUAUGUAUUAAAAAUAAUAUUGCUGAUU